AUGACCUUCUCUGUGAAGGACUUUGAGGACCGCUGUCAGCUGACCUUCAACGGCCUCGGUGCGGUCCCUGUCUUUCUCUGUGGAACUUCCUCAAAAGUCUAUAAAUCCCUAGUGAAUGCCUGGAAGAGCCUCGUCCAGGACCGAAUUACCGGAAAGACUGUAGCGGCGGCCCACGAAGGCAGUCGGAUCGCGACUGACAAAGUCAACGCAGCAGAAGUACCCCGUAACCACGCUCUGCCAGUGGAAACUAGACGCGACUUUAGCGAAUGGAGUGGGGGCGAUCUGGCGUAG